AUGUGUAAAGCUAUAUGGACAAACUUAAGGAUAACUUAUAUGCCAGUACCAAAACAAGAAGAUUGGUUGAAAAUUGAACCUGUGUGUGAUGCAAAUUAUUGCUUCAUAGCAGUGGAUAUAGGAGAUUACGGUAAAAACAGUGACUCGUCGAUCUUCAAAAAUUCUACAUUUUAUCGGAAACUUUUCAAAAAAGAACUCAAUAUUCUAGAAAAUACUCUACUACCACAGAGCAAUGGAUCAAAAUUUCCGUUUGUUAUUGUAGGAGACGAAGCUUUUGGUUUAUCUCAAAAUGUUAUGAGACCUUACGGAGGAAGACAUUUAUCUACGAAAAAAAAAGUAUUUAAUUAUAGACUGUCAAGGGCACGACGUUUUAUCGAAUUUACUUUUGGGAUUCUCUCAAAUAAGUGGAGAAUCUUCCAUAGACCGUUAAACGUGUCUGAAGAAUUCGCAUACGACAUUAUUAAAGCAUGUGUAAUUUUACACAAUUUCGUUCGUAUUCGGGAUGGAAAUACGUUGGAAUUUGAAGACACAUUAUUUUACGAAGGACUUUUAGAUGAAGACAGAUCGCCAGAUAAUACAUCGGGAAAAGCAGCUACGAAUAUACGAGAUGAUUUCAUUGACUAUUUCAUGGGCGCAGGAGGAGUUCCUUGGCAAUACGAAAGUAUCAAGAAAUAA